AUGUGUAAAGAAAAAGGAGGAUGUUGUCAAGGUGAGAAAGGAGAGAACAUUUCGAUUCUAGAAGUCAAGGAUUUUCCUUCAAGGGAGGAUAAUUAUAACAUAGAGGCGAAAGAUGGGAAAGGGGAUGGUUUUGUGAAGAAGGAUGGUGGAGAUGAAGGCAUUGUUCUAGAGAAAGGUAGUUCUUCAAGGAAGAGGCAGCCGAUUGAGUCUCUUUCUGUGAAAUUGAUUGCUAAAGGGGUUUUUGUGGAGGAACAUGAGAUAAGUGGGGUUUGUGUGGUUGAGACUGAUGUUGAGGAGGGUGGUUGUGUCAAUAAGGAAACAUCUGGAAGUUGUGAGGGGUGGAUUGCUGAGAGGGUGUGUGAUGAGAGAAUUUCCUCUUUUAUACAAUCUCAAAUUCUUGGGAGUGUUUAG